AUAGGAAACUCAAACAACAAACAAACACAGAAAUCAUUUUCUCUCUCCUCAACCUCUAAUCAUCCAUCACCGCCGGUGGUUUUCCCGGUGACUUUAUCAUAUGUAAUAACUUAUCCGGUAUUAGAAACCGGUAAUCGGUGUAAAGGAUUUCCUUUUCUUCUUAUAGUAGUUCUAUAUUUAGUUGAUUUAAUCUAAGAAAACAAGGAUUUUUAGUAUUAAAUGAAACAUCAGCAAACAAAGGGGAUUAAUAAAACGAAUGGAUUUUCCCGUAAUUCUUUCAAGUUUAUCUCAUCUUGUAUCAAGACUGUUUCUUCUGGUGUUCGGUCAGCCAGUGCAUCUGUUGCCGCUUCUAUUUCUUCUGAUUCCCAUGAUAUCAAAGACCAGGUGCUAUGGGCUUGCUUCGACAAGAUAGAAGUCAGUCCAACUAUCUUCAAGCGUGUUCUAUUGCUUGGGUAUGCCAAUGGUUUCCAAGUACUCGAUGUGGAUGAUGCCUCUGUUGUCACUGAGCUGGUUUCAAAGCGUGAUGGCCCUUGUACAUUUUUGCAAAUACAACCAUUCCCUGCAAAGUCUGAAGGUUGUGAAGGAUUUAGGGCAUCCCAUCCUUUACUUCUAGUUGCAGCAGGCGAUGAAGCCAAUGUUCCGAAUCUUACUCAUAGAAGAGAUGGGUUGGUUAGAGAUGGCUAUGUUGAAUCACAAACAGGGAAUGUGGUCUAUUCUCCAACUGCUGUUCGUUUUUAUUCACUGAAGUCUCACGACUAUGUUCAUGUUCUCAGAUUUCGUUCUGCUGUUUAUACUGUUAGAUGCAGUCCUCGUAUUGUUGCUGUCGGACUUGCUUCGCAAAUAUAUUGCUUUGAUGCGCUCACGCUUGAGAAUAAAUUCAGUGUCUUGACUUAUCCAGUCCCUCAAAUGGCUAGCCCGGGAAUGGUCGGUAUCAAUGUCGGUUAUGGUCCCCUGGCUGUUGGUCCUAGGUGGUUAGCUUAUGCUUCUAAUAACCCCUUAUUAACUAAUACAGGGCGGUUAAGUCCUCAAAAUCUUACUCCGUCUCCUGGUGUAAGCCCUUCCACAUCUCCAAGCAGUGGGAAUUUGGUGGCUAGGUAUGCUAUGGAGUCAAGCAAGCAGUUGGCUGCAGGGCUGAUUAAUAUCGGUGACAUGGGAUACAAGACAUUCUCUAAGUACUGUAAUGAACUUCUUCCAGAUGGUUCUAAUUCUCCUGUUACUACCAGUUCUGGCUGGAGAGUCAACAAGACUUCAGCUCAUUCACCCGAGACAGAUACCGCUGGCAUGGUGGUUGUUAAAGAUUUUGUUUCUAAAGCUGUUAUAGCACAGUUUCGGGCACAUACAAGCCCAAUUUCAGCUCUUUGUUUUGAUCCUAGUGGGACACUUCUCGUGACUGCAUCAAUACAUGGUAAUAAUAUAAACAUCUUCCGAAUAAUGCCCUCCUCGUCAAACAAUGCUGCAAGUAGUCAAAGCUACAAUUGGACUUCAUCUCAUGUGCAUCUGUACAAGCUUCAUCGUGGAAUCACUUCAGCAGUUAUUCAAGAUAUUUGUUUCAGUCAAUAUAGCCAAUGGGUAGCUAUAAUCUCUUCUAAAGGGACUUGCCACAUAUUUGUUUUGUCUCCUUUUGGCGGUGAGUGUGGGCUUCAAGUUCAAAAUUCCCAUAUUGACGGGCCAACACUUGUUCCUGUAUUAUCUUUACCAUGGUGGUCUACUUCAUCUUAUACUAUCAAUCAGCAGUCUCUUUCUGCUCCUCCGCCGCCUCCAGCUACUCUCUCUGUGGUUAGUAGAAUAAGAACGGGCAACUCUGGGUGGCUCAACACGGUCAGCAGUGCUGCUUCUUCUGCAGCCGGAAUCGGCUCUGUGCAAUCUUCUGCUAUUUCUGCUGUUUUCCACUUGUCGAUGCCUAGUCCCUUGCGGCCUGCUCGCACAAACUCCUUGGAGCACCUUUUGGUUUACUCCCCUUCCGGCCAUCUUAUUCAAUACGGACUUUUCCCAUCUAUUGGGGUUGAGACAGGGAAUAAGGCUUCAAAACCUGGGACGGGUUCACUGGUGCAAAUACAAGAUGAAGAUUUAAGGGUGAAAUCCGAAGCCAUUCAUUGGUGGGAUGUUUGCCGAAGAGCAGAUUGGCCAGAGAGAGAGGAGUGCAUCAAGGGGUUAGCAUUUGGCAGAAAAGAUCUUUCAGCUAUGUCCUUAAAGGUUUCUGAAUCUGAAAAAAUUGAUAAUGUUAGAAAAGACGAAGAGCUGUCUGAACAAUCCACUUUGUAUCUAUCCAAUGCAGAAGUACAAAUGAACCAUGGAAGAAUUCAGACCUGGAAAAAUUCCAAGAUACAUUUCUUUGCUAUGAAUUCUGUGGUCAGCGACAGUCAGAAUUUUUCAGCUGAAGAUGUUGGUGGUGAAAUUGAAAUUGAGAAGAUCCCACUUCUCGAAAUUGAAAUAAAACGGAAGGAUUUAUUACCUGUUUUUGAUUACUUCCGCCAAGUGAAGCCUGAUUGGAACAACAGGGGCGCAAAUGGGGAAGUAUAUCCUACUUCCAUUUCCGAAGCACAUUUGGCAAAAGACAAGUAUCCAUCUCCAGCUUUGGUCCAUGCUGAACCUGUACAUAAUUCACAGUUUGGAUCGUUUGUACCAGCUGCCGAGAAGGAUAUCAUCAAGUCUUAUUUGGGAGUUGCCCAAAACCCAAUGGCUAAGAAUGCGAUAGCGGUUUCUUCCACUUUUCCUGCUCCUUUACUGACACAAAGCUCAAUAAGCGACACUUCCUCCAUGGAAAUUUCUCCACCGGAAAAUAGUUGCCUUGUAAAUAGUCCGUCCCCUGUAACAAACCCAUCACUUUCAGCUGAAAGAGCUAAUACAAAGGACGUUCAAUCGUCCAGCAGUGAUGGAGGCAGUGAAGCUUCAAACGUUAGUUCUAACCGUUCUGAUUUUAGUAUGAACGUUGCUGAUGAAAGCUCUGUCCCAGACCCGCUAGAUUUUGCGGGUUAUUUCCAAGAGGAAUAUUGUAAAGCUGCUCCUCUUGAUGAAAGUCAUGAGCUGUCGGAAGUUGUUACUGAUAUAGAUAGUAGCAGCAGUCCCCGUGAGAAAGAGAAGUCUGAAGAAGAUGGCGAGAACGAUGAAUUACUUGGAGGUGUUUUUGACUUUUCUGAAGAAGGAUGAGAAGCAAGCCGGAGUCGACUCUCCUCAUGCUAGAUGUCCGCAAAUCGGAGGAUGUUCGAUACAAGUAAUUUUAUCGUUUUGUCCAUCGAAGCCAUUAAAUAUUGGUUGUGUUCAACAGACUUAUCAUUCUUGGGGGUUCAAUGUAUAUUGAUUUCUUCUUUUUUUCAUAACUUUUGUGUUAAUGCAUUGCUACCAAAAGCAAGUGCUUCUUGUUAUCCAUUCUUCUAGUUUUACUUGUACAUGUUGUAGAUUUAUUAGUUCCACUAAUUUCUGUGAUCAUAUCUUCUUUUAAUCUUAUGUAACAUUAAAUUCUUCUUUAAUCAAAACAAGAGAAAAAUUAGAAAUAAAAAAAAAGAAACAAAAA